CUGAACACAGCACUCGAGGUGCGGCCUCACCAGAGCUGAGUACAGGGGACGAUCACCUCCCAGCUCCUGCUGGCCGCACCAUUUCUAAUGCGGGCCAGGACGGCAUCGGCCCUCUUGGCCACCUGGGCAUACUGCUGGCUCGUGUUCAGCCGAGCACCAACCAACAGCCCCAGGUCCCUUUCCUCUUCACACUCAUCCAGCCACUCAGCCCCAAGCCUGUAGCGCUGCAUAUUUUAUGAUGGGCUUACUGUGGCCAAAGCGCGGGACCCGGCUCUUGGCCUUGUUGAACCUCAUCGCGUUCAGCUCAGCCCAGGAACCCAGUUUAUCUGGACCCUUCUGGAGGGCCUCCCUGCCCUCAGAGCUGGGCUCCUGCAGCGCCAGGGCAGGCCGAAGGUUGCUGGUGCCAGCGUCACAAUGGGCAACGGCCGGCGCUGGCCCCGUUGCUACGGUGUCACAAUGGGGUGCUCUGUGACACGGCACCCAGGAGCACUUUGAAAGCGGCUGCACAGCGGUGGGUGCUGCAUCCAGAAGGAGCUUCUGGCUGACGACUGGAAGCAUCUGGAAGGGAUUAGCUCCCACAUGGCUGGCGCCAACAAGGAGCGAUCUGCACGUGUGAUACGGAAGAAGAUAAGCUUCUGGGAGGAUGGCCCCGCAACGGAGCGUGCCUCCAGAAGCCCAGAUGUCACCGCCAAAGAGCGAGUAGCCGUCUGGGACGCGGUGGCCAUCUGUGUGCAACAACAGCUCCUGCUGCACAAGGGGGUCCGAAUUCCCACCUUCGGUUCCUUCGACAUCGUCUCCAAACAGAUCAAGACUAAGGACGAGACCCUGGUUGUGAAGUGGCCGGCGUUUCGCCUGGCCAGGAACCUUCUCGACGUCCACGGUCUGAUGGGUGAUGAGGAAUUCCUGCCAGGCCGCAAGGAGGCGGAGACCCUCAAGUACACUGAGGUGGCCGCAGCUGCGUCUGUGAGCCGGCAGAGAGGGGAGAUCUGCAUAUGUGGCACCACAUCUCUCGUCUCCCGCUGCCUGAAGAAGGGGGAGAACGUUGCCUUUGUCCUGAAGGACAUAGGAGUCCUCAUCUUGGAAGGAGCGCGGGUUCAAAUGAAAUUCUACUAUGACUUUCUCGAGAAGGUCUGUGGGAAAGCGAACCUAGAAACAGCAGUUUUCAAGGUCCCCUGGCUGUUGGACAUGGUGGUGUCCCGGGUGGCAGCGGCGGCCUCCCUGACGCUCUCUGGCCGGGUCGUCGUCUUUCCUGAGUUUCAGUUGGAGUUUGUCCCCAAGCCACCUCCCAGGAAACCAUCCAAGGCCUCAGGAGAAGUCCCUGGUGAGGGCAAGCAAGAGAAAGCAGGGGGUUUGCCACCUCUUGUCCAGAGCAAGAAAGGGAAAAUUCCCGAAUUGCCGCCCUUACCUGGCCGCUUGAGCAUUACCAGCAGAGAGGGUACAUGCUCUGGGAAGGGAACAAGGGUCGACCAGAAGAGCUCUGUGUCCAGUCAAGUUCCAGUGAUCCCAGCGGUGUCUUCUGCCAGAAAGAUGGCUGUGCCUAGCAAAACCCAGGGCGAAGGCACUACCAAAAGCACAGCACCACCGAUGGGUCCAGCAACAAAAGCCCACAGGUGCAAAGAAGAACAAGGGGCGGUGAAGCCAGCGCUGACCAGUCAAGGUCAGCACAAACUUCCAGCCCAAGCCAAAGCACCAGGCACAGGUCGCACUCAUGGAGUGGAACCUCAGAGGUGCAUAGAAGAAAGAGGAGCAGUGAAGUCGGUGCUGACCAAUCAAGGUCAGCACAAACUUCCAGCCCAAGCGAAAGCACCGGGCACAGGUCGCACUCACAGAGUGGAACCCCAGAGGUGCAAAGAAGAAAGAGGAGCGGUGAAGCCGGUGCUGACCAGCCAGCUUCAGGGGAAACACACAGACAAAGCUCCAGCACAAGGGUCAGGUCGAGCUCAGGCAGUGGAAUCUCGAUGGUUCACAAAACAAGGAGCAGUGAAGCCGGCACUGACCAGCCCGUUUCAAGGCAAACUCAUCGCCACAGCAAAACCAUCAGAAAUGCGUCCAGCACAGGCGAUGAGAGCUCAGAGGUGCAAAGAGGAAGAAAGAGGAGCGGUGAAACCAGCACUGACCAGCCAGUUCCUGGGCAAAUACCCAGCCAGAGUCCCAGCACCAGAGGCAGGUCGAGCCCGGGCAGUGGCAUCUCAGAGCAUCAGAGAACGACGAGGAGCAGAGAAAAUCUGUGAUGGCACAGUGCUGGACACAGACAAAGAGAAGCUGAGCCGCCCUCACGGAGCCCAGGCUCCCAUGAUAAUACCCAAAAUAGUGAUUCAGUCACCAUCAAGCUCUGAGCACAGUCUGCCUGAGGAGCCCAUCUACGACACCAACUUUUUUGAUGCCACCACCACGCUUCUGCAAGCGACGACGGGCGCGAAAGAGGUGCGUGAUUCCUAUCCGUAUCAUUCCGGGGUGCCAUCUCCCUGUACAAGGGCAGAGGUGGAGGAACAGCAGGGACUCUCCCAAGACCCCCUGCCUCUGACGGAUGGCAUGGCGACACUCCCUGGAGCCUUGGGCUGGUGCGUCACCAGAGGCGAGUUCCUCCUUCUCCAGUGUCUCGCUCUCUUCUGUUGA